ACACUUGCUCGAUAAAUAAGCUGCCGUUGGUCUUCUUCAAAGAUCUUUCCUCUUUCCUUCCUUCCGCUACAGUAUUUUCUUUGUGGACCCACAUCCAUCCAAACAAGCAAGAUGACCGACUUUGAUCGCAGCAUGGCCCUUGAUCUGACCGCCACUGGCGACUUGGAUAAUGGCGACCAUGAUUCCUUUACGACGAUUGACGAGUACGAAGUGGAGCAUCCUGAACAAGUCAAGGCAGCCUUUGCGGCAAUUGGCGACCCAUCCCAUUUGUUGGAUGCUCCAUUGGAAACGAGCAACAGCACCGUCUCGGACAGUAGCAAAUCCAACGCGAGUGUCUACGAAAAAGUCAAGUAUCACGACGAAAUUGGAAAGAUCGUCCUGACAGAUGCCAAGAUCACUUUUCAUCCGUACGAUGGUGGCGCUCCCACGCGUGGAUCGUUCAUCGUCCGCAAUCAUGCCGAGUUUACGGGAAGUCAUUCCUGGCGAUGGAAGAUGAUCAAAAAACACAAAAUCAGCCCUACCACAUCGUCCAAGACUAUGCUCAAGUUGAUCAGUGCCGAAAGUGACAAGAAGGCUGUGGUUUUUACCUUUUACAACCGUGAGCAGUUGGAAUUAAUUCGCAAAGAUGUGACCAAGCAUCUACGACAGGCUCAUCAUCGCACACCCAAAACGGAAGGCAAAGAGGAAGAAAUUGCAGCUACAUCCAACAAAAAAGCAACAAAUGGCACUGUCGAGUCCAACGCAAGAGAACAACCAGCUGUUGUGCAAGAAGCUGCAGCCACCGAGGCGACGGCCCUUUUGGGUACAAAAUCAGCUGCCACAACAGAACAAGCUACGUCGACCGAGAGUGCUUCUCCCGAAUUGGACAAAUCCAAAUUAGUCAUUGGGGCAGUGGUGGCUGUGAUUGUCAUUAUUGUGCUCGGAAGCGGGUUGAGGCCCUCUUCCGCAUCCAUUUUGCCCGACCCCAUCUUCCAUCGAGCCCUUGUGGAUCAGCAAUCAUCAGGAUCCGAUGGAAAUCUAGUUCCUGCUGCAGAUGCGUUGCAGUAUCUGAGGGGCAAUCUUCACUAGUAGAAAAAGAAACUACUAGAGUAUGGCACGGUACCUGAUGGUAUUGGUACGGUGCCAUGACUGAGGGAACCUACCGAUACUGAUCCACAAACGACUAACAUAGAGCAAAUGUGAAGGAUGACAGCUUCGAAGCGUUAAACAUUAAAAGAUAAAGUACAAGAUUGCAUGCUUCUGCUCUUGUUCCCAGCUGGCCAGCUCUGGAGCAGCUUCAGAUGUGGCCACCGAAAGACUGGGAUGUGUCAUGUUUCAGUUGUGUUUGGAACGAGAGAAUUCGAGAUUUCUCUUGUAUGGUACAGGUACAGAUUGCAAAUAGCCAAGGAUUCGCCCCGCACAGCAUGUAUAUGUAAUAAGGAUUCGAUUACCUCAGAGCCCACGACAUCCGUACCUCAGAAACAUACUGCAUCAAUCGUACCAGUCUUACUUUAUUU